AUGGCGACUGUCGGCAGCCAACAACAAGGUAGCCACGAGGUGGCUGCGCGGGCCCUGAGUGACAGGCCCCUGAAGCGCGACCCUGCAUGUGUAGAGUGCCGGCAGCGGAAACUAAAAUGCGACCGAAAGUACCCCUGCUCAGAAUGCAUCACACAUGGCCGCCAUUGCCUUGCUCCACCACCAUCGGGUCCACGCAAGCCUAGAAGGAAGAACCAUUAUGAGCUACGCGACAAACUUGCGAGCAUCGAAUCGCUUUUGGAGGAAUGUAUGGGAUCGAAGCCAAUCUAUCUCGCCAAUGGAACGCCAGCCGCCCUGACCGGUCAAGAAUCUCCAAUAGACGACCAGAACCACGAUUAUCAUAGACCUAAAGUCCAGUCGCCAGGAUGGCUCGUACAGACCAAAAACGGGGUCGAAUUCCGUGACAGCAAAACGGCGUCUGCGACUCGCGAGGAUGAACAGACCAUACGUGCCCUUUUUGAGGUGGAAAGCGAGCAGUCGACAUGGCUACCUGCUCUCGCCUUCCUCAAUCAGCACCAUGCCUCAAUAGGCAUAUCUCCCGCCUCGGGGCUCUCCUACAACUGCGUCCCAUCUCCACCUAACAUCAUCGUCUUGUGGAGAGUGUUCUUGGACAGAGUCUAUCCUGUCACCAAGAUACUUCACGUUCCGACAUUCCAAGCCAACAUUACAGAUGCAGUGUCCAACUUUCACGCCAUCCCGCCCGUCACACAGGGGCUUUUGUUCUCCAUCUUCCUCGCAGCAUCUGGUUCUCUUUCGCAAAAGGAGCACUGGGACAUGCUACGCUGGUCCAAGAAGGAUGCCUCGACGGUCUUGUCUAGGGGCUUUAAGGCUGCCAUGGCACGAUAUAACUAUCUGAAACGGUUCAACGAAGAUACGAUAAGGAGCCUGAUAUUUUAUUCACUACACCAACGAACUUUGAGAGAUACGGUAGACCCAUGGAUCCUCAACGGUAUCGUCAUGAACAUAGCUCACCGUCUCGGUCUCCAUAUCGACGGGACGCGUCUCGGCUUCUCACCCUUCCAAAUAGAAAUGAGACGACGUCUAUGGUGGCAAACCGUUCUUAUAGAGGCCAAAACGAGUGCCGCCUCAUGCAUUAGCGCCAAGGUGCUACCAUCCAGCCGGGACACGCUCAUCCCGCUCAAUAUCAACGACGAAGACCUACAUCCUUCUAUGAAGGAAGCACCCAGUGUCCGAGAAGGUCCAUCAGAGAUGUCUUACUGUGUACAUACAUACGAAACAGAAGCACUCGCCAUGGCUAUGCAGAUCCCGUCCGUCGAUGAGGUGCUCUGGGGCCAGGCCUCCUCAAACCCGGCUUCGGCUUCGGCGCACGCUGCCAUACCCUCGCCGCACCCUUUUAGCUCACCCUUCGUCACCGCCAUACAAGAUGCCUUACAAAAGUUCGACCGGACGCUGGGGCCCCUCGAGCGUCGUCUCCUCUCCGACUCCGCCGCGAACCCGCUCCACGCAAUGGCACUCUACGCCCGCACCUCGCUCGCUGCCAUUGUCCAGAUUAUCAUCACGCCACUCGAGGCCGCGCCGGAAUGGGGCACGGAGAUACACGGCCCGGAAGACAAGUUCUUCAACGUCGGCCUGGUGGCGCUGGAGAUCCUGCUCGAGCAGCGGCGGCUCGCGGGCCGCCAGUUUGCGUGGCUCGUUGACCUCGACUUUAAGAUUCAGACAUUUUACUACCUGGGAGCGCAGCUUCAGAACCGGGUGUCCGGAUCCUUGGCGGAGAGGACGUGGGCUGUCAUUGAGAAGAUGUAUGCUUGUCGCGAGGACUUGUGGGAGCUCAAGGAUGAGGAGAAUAUGACGCUGGCGAAUCUUUUGAUUGUGGCGUGGAGUCGGCGCGCGGAGCAUUUUCUGGGGAAUCGUGUUCUGCUGCUUGAGCCUCCUUUUGUGAAGCGCCUGCGAGAUGAAGUUAUGAUGAUAAAGGCCGAGGCUUUGAGCUUAUUCUGA